AUUUGGCUUUCGAGUCUCUAGCGGUGCAGUAGCAGCAACAGCAGAAGCGAGCAAAACACAAAAGCAACAAACGGCGUUCAGCGAAAAACACGAACAUACCGAAACCGAAGAAACCGCUGUGAAAAGAAAAUACAAAAAAAAAAAAAAAAAAAAGACCAGACCAAACCAAACAAAACAUAAGCAAGAAAAUUUACAGGCACUCGGGCACAGACGAUUUUUUUACAUUGUUGUUUUAAUUGAAUUGAAACACAAAUUUGUGCUCCUAUUUGCGCAUUUUAAUUUUUAUUUAACUGCAGGCAGCAUUUUGAUUAACUCUAGUGCAAAGCACUUGUGCUCUAUUUUUUAUUCUUGUUGCCCCUUGUAUAAAGGCAAAACAAAAUCAAAGGAAAUUCUAAUUGGAACAAUAGGCCUGAGGCAAAACAACGAUAAGCGGGCGUAUACAAAACAAACGAGAAACGUCUUAGAAGAAAAAAAAAUAUAAUAUAAAAAAAAGAAAGAAAAAGGGGAAGAGAAAAACGCGCGCGCACUGCAAGUGUGAAUUAGUGAAAGUUACGCGCGCGUGUGCAACGACACAGGCCACGCCCAUACCGCCAAAAACGCCCACACAAUGAACCGAUCAAACAGUUUUGUCAGCUCACUGAAAUGGUGGCCACUGCAGGGCCACAACAAUCAGGCAACGCCAGCGCCAGCAGCGCCAUCGAACGGCUACUCACAGUCGGCGCCCAGCUCUCCCACAUCCAAUUGGCCGCCGUCGCUGCAGCAGCACAAGCUCAGCGUCGGCGCCAAUGUGAACGCCACAUUUGGCAGCAGCGUCGCCGUACAAAAGCUGCGCGAAUCCAAAUGGUUCAAGCCCGAAGAGCAGAGAAUUUUCUGCGCUGUCGUCGAGUGCGGCUUCAUUGUGGAGGUGCGCAGCAGUGCCGCUGCCGAAGCCGCUGCCGUUGCAGCCGCGGCUGCCGCCGCAGCGGCCUCUGCCAAUGAUGCCGAUUCCCUGGACAUCGAUUGCCCGCCCCUGACAUUGGCGCCGCCACUGAUUAUACCCCGUAACGGCAGCAGCAGCAUAAGCUUUCUCGAAGCGCAGGAUGAGAACGAGACGCCGGUAGCGUCAUGGUACGGCAUCGUACUCUGCAAGGUGGCCAAAGACAAUAAACCAAAACCGGAAACCAUUGAGAUAUAUUCUGUGAAAAUACGCGAAAAUGGCACCUAUAAGCUGAUCAAAAUGUCAUUGGCCGACAUCUGGAGCCACGGCUGGGAGUUGCGCAUCAACAAUUUCGCUGACAAGGAGAAAACCCCGCACAACGAAAAGGACAUACGCAAUCAGGUGUCGCUGGCGCGCAAGGCCAAACAGAGUCUGUGGAACAACAACAAGCAUUUUGUGUAUUGGUGCCGUUAUGGCAGUCGCCAGCAGGAUGUGCGCAAGCGACAGAUGUCCGAGUGCGUGAAAUGGGGCAACGUUGGCAUGAAUGCGGGCAUGUUGCUGGUGCUCAAUAAUAGGCAAAAAUACCACUCCCACUCAAAGUAACUAACACAAAUACACACCUUUUUUUCUAGUGCAUAUAUAUGUACACACUAUCGCACAUAUACACACACACACACCAACACACACAUGCAUACCACAUUGCUUUAGCUAAAGGAAAGUAAAGACAAAAAAACAAAAUCCAAAGCAAAUUGUGAUAAGAUAGAUCAUGUUUUAAACAGCGACAAGCGACAACACACACAGCAGAAAUAUUUAUUUACAUAUGUUCAAUAUACAUAUAUACAUGUGUAUAUGCAUGUGUACAUAUGAACAAUAUAGAAGAAGCGAGCGCGAGAGACAGACAGAGAGAGAGAGAGAGAGAGAGAGCAGGCUCUUAAUAUGUUACUCUUUUUAAUUGGCAGUAUUAAAAUAAUAUAUCAAAAAAAUAACUGGCCUACAACAGCGUGCACACGCACACACACACACACACACACACACACACACACACCUACUUGCAACUAUUGUUUUUAAUACAUUUGCUGUUGCAACUUGAGCUACAAUAUGCAAAAACAAAUUGUAUUUAAAUUUGUAUAUUUGACAGAGAGAGAGACACACUGUGAAAUUCGAAAAGACUUAUUAACAAUUGGUUGUUUUUUUUUUUUUUUUUUUUUAUUAUAAUUAUUAUCAUUAUUUUUAUUAUGUAUUAUCAUAGCAAUUAUCAUAAUAUACCUAUUAUAUAUUAUUACUUUGUAAUAGGAAUAAAUACUAUGCAGGCAUUAUAAUUUCUUCUUGUUUCUUCGAUAUAAGCGCAGUCUAAACACAUACAAAAUAAACUUUAAACAAAAAAAAAAAGAAAAAAAGAAAAAAAAAAAGAAA